AUGCGCACUGCUAUUCCUAUUUUCCUAACAAUUCUGCUCAUCGUCCGUGCUGAACUGGGUGUUGGAGAAGGCGCUACUUCAGUUCAUCCUACGCCUCCGGCGUUUGAUGCUGCUCGUUCAUUUAAUGUUAUCACUCUCGAGAAAGAGGCACUCAUCUCUGGAACAAGAGUGGAGAACACUGAAGGGGAAGAAAACGCAUUACUAGGAUACACAGUGUCUAACUACUUCCUGCUCGUGCAGCUUGAGCUUAGAAAUAGAAAUGAGAUGUUUCACACACCACAUAAACCCUUCAUUCUAAUGUGGUUUACAGAAGCCGUGGUGACUCCUGCAGGUGAAUUUUAUCGUUUGUGUAUUAAAUCACGACCUAAAUACAAACAUCUUCAAGCGGAGUAUUUGCAGAUUUCGGAAUUUCGAACCAGAAUUUCAACAGAAGUUCCUCCACGCCAGUAUUAUUUUGCUUUAUGGAUCCAAAUUGGAAUUAUAUCAUUUCUUCUCGUACUGUCUGGUCUUUUUUCUGGUCUCAACUUAGGAUUAAUGUCACUCACGCCACAGGAAUUAAUGCUCAUUCAGAAGUCAGGAUCCAAGAACGAACGUCAAUAUGCUGAAGUUAUUUUACCCGUUCGAGCAAGGGGAAAUCUCUUACUUUGUUCACUUCUUAUUGGUAAUGUUUGUGUCAAUUCGGGUAUCUCUAUUCUCUUGGAUGACCUCACUUCUGGGUAUGUAGCCCUUAUAGCUUCUUCAGCCGGCAUUGUCGUGUUUGGGGAAAUAUUUCCGCAAAGUCUUUGCGUCAAGAAAGGUCUUGCUGUUGGGGCGUAUACUAUUUGGGUUACACGUUUCUUUAUGAUUGCUACAUUUCCCAUAGCAUACCCCAUAUCAAAGAUUUUGGACUUCGUGCUUGGUGAGGAAGUCGUAUCCUAUGACCGUAAACGUCUCAUGGAGCUGAUCAAAAUGAGUAGUGAGGAGGGUCUGGUUGAAGAGCUAAAGAUAGCUGUUGGUGCAAUGGAAAUAAGUGAUAAAACGGUCGCCGAUGUUAUGACUCGUAUUGAUGAUGUGUUCAUGCUCCCAAAUACCACCGUUCUAAAUACUAAAACUGUUGCCGAAAUUCUUCGUAUGGGAUAUACUCGUAUACCAGUAUUUUGUGGUGAUCGAAACAAUGUGAUGUCACUAUUGUUUGUCAAGGAUCUUGCGCUGUUAGAUCCAGACGACAACUUCACUAUACAGACAGUUUGUGGUUAUCACCAGCACCCUCUACGUUUUGUAAUGGAAGACACACCACUGCGUGUUAUGUUAGAAGAAUUUAAGAAGGGUGAUUAUCAUCUAGCUAUGGUUCAACGCAUUGUUUCUGCCGAGGAUAGUGAUCCAUCCUACGAACUUGUAGGUGUUGUCACCCUCGAGGAUAUCGUGGAAGAAAUUCUCCAAGCUGAAAUUGUAGAUGAGACAGAUACUGUCAUGGAUAAUGUGAAUAGAACAAGAAGGCGUGGUGCACAGGCUCGUGAUGUUUCAUGUCUCAUGGAUGCUGAUGAACCAUCACGGGUGAUCAGUGUACAGAUGCAGUUAGUAACCAUGCAAUGGCUCACUACCAACCAGAAAGCCUUUCAUUCUGAUCGAAUUAGCCAGUCAGUACUAGAGAAAUUGAUUCGACAGCAUUGUCGUAGGGUUGAAUUGUCACAUCUUCCGGAUAUGUAUGAGCCGAAGGCUGUCGUUCCUCGAACUGCUAAACUUUAUACCAAGCAAGAAUAUUCGGAAAAAUUCAUACUAAUAUUGGAAGGUCGAGCAAUGGUCACUAUUGGACAGGCUGAAAUGACUUUUGAGGCUGGGCCUUGGCAUGCUUUUGGAACGGAAAUGUUAGAGCACCUCUUAGCUCGAAAUGAAGUUGACCCUCGCGCACUAGGUGAUGUAGAGCAGUCUAGAAACUCACUUUCUUCAGAUAGCUCCAAGAGACUCGGGUUUGUGCCAGAUUACUCCGUAGUAGUGCGUGAUGACUGCACUUUUCUUGAAAUUACUGCUCAUGAUUGGCUAGCGGCCUACAGAAGCACGCUUAUGAGUCGAGGAGAAACAAGGUAUUUCUUGCUGAUAUUCACUCAUUUUCUCUUGGAGUUUUUGGCUGUUUUUUGUUGA